AUGGAUGACAUCACAAAACUAUGGGAGAAUUUCACCCUUAUCAAGGAAGAAGAGGAUACUAUUGUCAUUGACAAUCAGAAACCAAUAUUGACGGUUGACAACAUCCAACUCUGUGCGGUUGGAAAGCUUCACCCAAGUAAGAGGAUAACUGUGGAAGCCUUUGCAUCGGUAAUGAAACAGGUUUGGAAAAUCCACAAUUCUACUCGAAUUGAGACUGCUGGAUUGAACAUCUAUGUUAUAGCUUUCAAGACUAUGGCGGAGAAGAUAAGGGUCUUUUCUUUAGGUCCAUGGACUUUUGAUAAGUCUCUCCUUAUUCUAGUGCCAACAACGGCGGCAAACAAACCUCUGGACAUUGACAUUAGUUUAUGUGCCUUUUGGGUUCAAAUUCACUACAUAACUUUUGAGUGUAUGACCAAAGACAUGGCAAAGUUUCUAGGAGCUAGAUUAGGCGAAGUCGAGGAGGUCGAUGGCAUGAGUUCAUAUGAUUGGGUAAGGCCUUUUUUAUGGGUGAGAGUAAAAAUCAAUGUCUUGAAACCUCUUCGUAGAGGGCUCAAAGUUAAAACUAGUGAUGGGAAGGAUAUUUGGUGUCCUCUCAGGUAUGAACGUUUGCCCGAUUUCUGUUACGGAUGCGGUUGUGUGGGGCAUUCUAUCCGCGAAUAUGAGAAAUGA